AGAGGAGACAGAGCCCUGAAACAAACAGAUCGGCAUCAGAGAACAAGUACUCGGGGGCAUGCAAGCCCACUGUAGCCAACUGCACAGUCCUGCAGGCAUUGAGGAUCAUGCCUCAGCCUCCCAGUGUGUCCACACAAGAUUGACAGGAGAAGGUUCAUGUCUUCAUGCUGGAGAUGUUCAUAUUCAGAUAAACUCCAUACCUAAAGAAUGUGCUGAAAAUCCAAGCUCCCGAAACAUAAGGUCAGGUGUCCACAGCUGUACCCAUGGAUGUGUACAUAGUCACUUUUGGAGUCACUCCCACAUUGAAGCAAGGCAGCCUCACGACACUGCCUCUGAAUCUGGAGAACAUGGUAGCAGCUCCUUGCUCCUUCUCAGAAUUCCGCUACCCAAGUGGUUACAAAAAAGUCUUCCGUAUAUUUUGAUUCUGGGUGUCAAACUUGUUAUGCAGCAUAUAACAGGAAUUUCUCUUGGAACUGGGCUGCUAACAACUUUUAUGUAUGCAAACAAAAGCAUUGUAAAUCAGGUUUUUCUAAGAGAAAGGUCCUCAAAGAUUCAGUGUGCUUGGUUACUGGUAUUCUUAGCAGGAUCUUCUGUUCUUUUAAAUUGCACCUUUCAUUCUCAGUCCCUUUAUGACAGCUUAAUUUUUUUAAAUCCUACUUUGGACCAUUUGAGCUUCUGGGAAGUACUGUGGAUUGUUGGAAUUACAGACUUUAUUCUGAAAUUCUUCUUCAUGGGCUUAAAAUGUCUUAUUUUAUUGGUGCCUUCUUUCAUCAUGCCUUUUAAAUCCAAGGGUUACUGGUAUAUGCUUUUAGAAUAAUCAUGUCAGUAUUACCGAACUUUCGUCCCAGUACCAGUUUGGUUCCGUUAUCUGAUAAGCUAUGGGGAGUUUGGUAACGUAACUAAAUGGAGUCUUGGGAUAUUGCUGGCUUUACUAUACCUCAUACUAAAACUUUUGGAUUUUUUUUGACAUCUGAGAUGUUUCAGACAGGUUUUGCAAAUAUUUUUCAUGUGACCAAGUUACGGAGUGGCUGCCAGCAAGAGGCAGUGUUCAGAUGUGGAUGAUAGUUGUUUAAUAUGUCAAGCUGAAUUUCAGAAGCCAAUUCUUAUUUGUCAGCAUAUAUUUUGUGAAGAGUGCAUCACCUUAUGGUCUAAUAGAGAAAAAAAUUGUCCACUGUGCAGAACUGUGAUUUCAGACCAUAUACACAAAUGGAAAGAUGGCGCUACUUCAUCACACCUUCAAAUAUAUUAAGUUGUAUAAACUGUCAAGGCCACAAAACACUCAUUUAAUUCGGUUACAGUG